AUCAGCAUAGUUUUGCUUGUCAACCCUAACGCCCAGAUCGGCGAGCUUUGACAUAUCACCUUGAUCGUGACGAUGUGGCUGCUUCUCAUGGUCGGCUUCAACGCCUCCCUGGCGCAGCACUUGCCGCUGGUCGAGGGCAUCGUACUGGUCCACUAUGUCCUCGCAUUCUUUGCUUUCCUCUUAAUCUUCUGGACCAUGGCGGAUCGAUUGCCUGCCUGUGGAGUAUUCACGACGCUCUACGAUUGUGGUGGUGGGGCUCGCUUGGAACAUCCGCUCUCGUCGGUCUCUCCAGGCCACUGUGGAGCUUCAUCGGUCCACAUGCCGGAGCUCACAUGGCGGAGGAACUCGAGGACGCCUCAGUCGUGCCGUAAAGGCCAUAAUUUUCCCACUGGCGUUCCUGUGCUCCAAGCUGUGUACAACGCCACGAAGCCUAUUACAAACACUAUCAUAAUGGGCACUGUCCUGGUUGUCCUUUUGUUCUUUGCUGCGUUGUCUGUAACCGCUGCGUCGUCGCGGCAGACCUGGGCCUUCUUGCGCGACAAAGGCCUACAAAUUUCCUCAUGGAUCGAAUACGUCUGGCCUGGCUAG